GGGCGGGCAGCGCGGGAGGCCGGCCCGCCCCCUCCGCGCGCUCUUCUUGGUGGCUGCCACCCCCCACCCCCGCCAUCCCUCAGGCGAAGACUCGCUGUCUGUCCUCUACCUGGACGGAGGGACGCCCCCGUCCCCGUCCGUGACUCGGUGAGUCGAUUCGCGGCCACCCGGGCUCAGAGGCGGCUUCCAGCUCCAGCCUUGUAAACCUGCCUCCCCGGCGAGCGCCUGGAGAAGAGCGGUGGGCCGUGGUGUCACCGAGACCGAAAGGGCUGAUUGAGUUCGGCUGCUUGUCGGGCCGAGAGCCAGUGACAGGCAAACAAUAGUGCCGAGAAGAAGGAUUUUACUUACGGCCGGGAGAACGGGUGAACAGCGUAGGGAUGUCAGCCCGAUUCCCCGAUUGACUCAAGUUUAGGGUUUUUAUAUGGAAAAAAAAGAAUGCAGCAGGAACCCGGCCAUGCUGAACGAGGCCAGAGGGAGUGGUGGCCUCAACCCCUGCUCGGAGGACAGCAGCAGUGGCAGUGAGGGCUCCAAAAAUAGUUCGAGAUGUUCCACACCGGGCCUGGACCCCGAGCGGCACGAGAAGCUCCGGGACAAGAUAAGGCGGAGGAUGGAAUCUGGUGACAAGUGGUUCUCUCUGGAAUUCUUCCCCCCUCGAACUGCUGAGGGAGCUGUCAAUCUUAUCUCAAGGUUUGACCGGAUGGCAGCAGGUGGCCCCCUCUUCAUAGAUGUAACCUGGCACCCAGCAGGGGACCCUGGCUCAGACAAGGAAACCUCUUCCAUGAUGAUCGCCAGCACUGCUGUGAACUACUGUGGCCUUGAAACCAUCCUGCACAUGACUUGCUGCCGCCAGCGCCGGGAAGAGAUCACAGGCCACCUGCAAAAAGCCAAGCAGCUGGGCCUGAAAAAUAUCUUGGCGCUGAGGGGAGACCCCAUAGGUGACCUGUGGGAAGAGGAGGAAGGAGGCUUCAGUUAUGCGGCGGACUUGGUGAAGCACAUCCGAAGUGAGUUUGGUGACUACUUUGACAUCUGUGUGGCAGGUUACCCCGAAGGCCACCCCGAUGCAGGGAGCAUUGAGGCCGACCUGAAGCACUUGAAGGAGAAGGUGUCUGCAGGAGCCGACUUUAUCAUCACCCAGCUUUUCUUUCAGGCUGACACCUUCUUCCGCUUUGUAAAGGCUUGCACCGAGAUAGGCAUCACCUGCCCCAUCCUCCCCGGGAUCUUUCCUAUUCAGGGCUUCCACUCCCUUCGGCAGCUUGUGAAGCUGUCCAAGUUGGAGGUGCCGCAGGAGAUCAAGGAUGUAAUUGAGCCAAUCAAAGACAACGAUGCUGCCAUCCGCAACUAUGGCAUCGAGCUGGCCGUAAGCCUGUGCCAGGAGCUUCUGGCCAGUGGCUUGGUGCCAGGCCUGCAUUUCUACACCCUCAACCGCGAGAUGGCCACCACAGAGGUGCUGAAGCGCCUGGGCAUGUGGACCGAGGACCCCAGGCGUCCCCUGCCCUGGGCUGUCAGUGCCCACCCCAAGCGCCGGGAGGAAGAUGUACGUCCCAUAUUCUGGGCAUCCAGACCAAAGAGUUACAUCUACCGCACCCAGGAGUGGGAUGAGUUCCCCAAUGGCCGCUGGGGCAAUUCCGCCUCUCCAGCCUUUGGGGAGCUAAAGAACUACUACCUCUUCUACCUGAAAAGCAAGUCCCCCAAGGAGGAGUUGCUGAAGAUGUGGGGGGAGGCGCUCACCAGUGAAGAAAGUGUCUUUGAAGUUUUUGCCCACUACCUCUCAGGAGAGCCAAACCAGAACGGCUACAAAGUGACUUGCCUGCCCUGGAACGACGAGCCCUUGGCAGCUGAGACCAGCCUGAUGAAGGAGGAGCUGCUGCGUGUGAACCGGCAGGGCAUCCUCACCAUCAACUCCCAGCCCAGCAUCAACGGGAAGCCGUCUUCUGACCCCAUCGUGGGCUGGGGCCCCAGCGGGGGCUAUGUCUUCCAGAAGGCCUACCUGGAGUUCUUCACUUCCCGAGAGACGGUGGAAGCGCUGCUGCAGGUGCUGCAGAAGUAUGAGCCGCGGGUCAAUUACCACAUCGUCGAUGUGAAGGGUGAAAACAUCACCAAUGCCCCUGAGCUGCAGCCCAACGCCGUCACGUGGGGCAUCUUCCCCGGGCGAGAGAUCAUCCAGCCAACAGUGGUGGAUCCUGUCAGCUUCAUGUUCUGGAAGGACGAGGCCUUCGCCCUGUGGAUUGAGCAGUGGGGCAAGCUGUACGAGGAGGAGUCCCCGUCUCGCACGAUCAUUCAGUACAUCCACGACAACUACUUCUUGGUCAACCUGGUGGACAAUGACUUCCCACUGGACAACUGCUUGUGGCAGGUGGUAGAAGACACAUUCAAGCUUCUUAACAAGCCCACCCAGAACGAGGAGGAGAUGGAGGCUCCAUGACCUGCAUCCUGACGUCCUCAGCUGGGGCCACUCCUGUCCUGCCUUCCUCCUCCCCAGUCCUGGUUCUCCCAGGAGCCCUACUCUCCUUCGUUUCCAUCCAAGCCCUGGCCUCCACUCCCUGGCAUGCCGAUGGGUGAGGCUUCCAGGCUCUGGCUGGACCUGAGUCACCCCACACGGGAGCCUAGUGCUGCCCGCUCUGGCCAGGAGUUUGUGCUGUUCUGGUGGGAGCACCUCCAUCCUGCAGAUGACCACAAGGGGUGGGGGUGGCACACCACCCUCCCUGCGAAGGGGAGGAGACUAGUUGUUGCCACUUGAGCCCUCGCAUCAGGGCAGCCUCUAGGAGACAGCCUGAGACUCCCAGUGAACACAUACUUGGGACCUACAUAGGAUGGGCAAAGCAAACACAGGUAAUGGGUACUUGUGGCCUUAUAGAAGAGACAUGGCAAGAUUUUUUUCUUUUUUGCACCCUUCCACCUCCUAGACGUUGGCAGCUGGACCCUACCUACCUGUGAUUGAAGGGGCAAACCACUGUCCUGCCUACCUACUUGGCUGGCCACGGCAGCAGGCCCCAGGCCCCUGGGUGGGGCAGGGAUUUCUUGUCACAUUCUACCUGAGAGUUCACCUGGGCUUUUCACCUUUCUGCAAUGCUGCUUUUUGAAACAGUUAUCUCCAGAUUCUGAUGGCUCGAGAGAAAAAGUGUCCCUUAAGGGUUAAAGGCAGUCUGAACCUUUGUGCUUGGUGGAGCCCUUUGCCUUCCCUUUUCCCCCCACCCUGGCCACUGAGGAAUCUGUCUGUUAACUGUGAAAGGCAAAGGUGAGGUUUGUCUAGGCAGGGGCCCCAGCUCCACCCGGGGCUGUGCGGCAGCCGCACUUCCUGACUUAGUUUUUAGGUGGGCCCUCCUGCCAGCUGCUGUCCCCUCAGCUGACACUGUCCCAGAAGCUGUCUGGCACCGCUCUCCAGGAGCAGUGACUGCAGGUGCAAAUACGUUGUUUCCUGUCCUGGAUCCGGCCUGCUGGUCUUUGCCGGCUCAGCAGAAAAGGACUGCACCACAGUGGGGGUGGGGCGUUCAGGAGCAGCCUGAUGGCAGAGGACGGGGCUCAGUUGUAGGGCUUCCUCUUCACUCCCUUCCCAGGCUCCGCUGGCCAGGGCUGGGGGGGGGGUGGGGCCAGCGUUUAGGAGAGACUGAGCAAGAGACUGAGCUAGGCUUAAGAAGGGCAUUUAUUAUCUUUCAGAGCUCCCAGAGCUGUCCCCUCGUCACCACAUUCCUUCUGCGUGGGGCACGGUUCCUUCCCUGGAAAGGCUGGGCUCAGUUCUGUUUUUCGUUCUAUGGGAACGAGUCACAGCUGCAGUUGAGCCCCUGCUCUGCCCCAAGUCCACCACUCCCGGGGGCUUGGGUGGCAUCCAGCCUGCUCCCAGGGCCCCUGGUGCCUGGCAUUCCCAGGGGUCUCGGGCUACUGGUGGUUCCUGUCCUCGGGCCCUUGGCUGCCAGGCGCUGGUGCCACUUCUCAAAGGCCUGGAAUCAGGGAGGGGGAGAAAAGGUUGUCUCACACUCCUCCAGGGUCUGUGCUGUGCCUGCUAGAAAAACACCUGCACCCAGCUCUUUCUGUCCCUGGGGCGUGUGGGGUCAGAGGCCCCUCCCUCUGCCCCAGGCAGCCAGCCAUCCCUGCCCAGGCCAAAUGCAUAGGCUCAGGAUAGAUCUGACUUGUGAUUUAGGAAGCUGUGCUCAGCGCAGAGCAAAUAAAGGAGGGGCGCUUGGGGACCCAGACCCUGCAUGGGCUAGUGACAGCAGCAGCUGUGCCACAGGCCAAGCCUUGUUCUCACACUGAGUGACAGGGUGGGAUUGGGCUGGGCUCCGACAACUUGGUUGUGUGUCCUGUAACCAGACUGGCCCCCUCCCCUGAAAAUGAGGGGGCCCUGUGGAUGGCGAGCAGAGAGGACCUCAGCUCAGCCAUGUCUAGACAUGGCACUCGUUUUGGAAGGGCCAGCUGGGUGAAGCGAGGGGGAUGCCAUCCUGCCAGUACCUGGAUAAGGACCCAGCUGUCUUCUUGCUGCUGGAACCGCUGAGCAACCCACAGCUGCAGGACCCGCCGCCGCCACGUCUGCCAGGCCCAUCUCAGGUGCCACUGCCUAAGCUGUGGGGAAGUUGGCAGAGGCAGCCCCCCUGCACCCCCGUGCCCCGGCAGCCCCGGGCCUUUCUGCGGCCUCUCUGCACCCCCAACUCCGUGGCACCAGGGUGAAAGGGCUGUGACAAGGGGGGGGCAUAUGAGGAGCUUGUAAACAAUGCAGAUUCUGGGGCCCAUCUGAAACCCUAAGGUUUCAGACUCGGCGUGUCCAAAGACCAUACUCUGAGAGACAUUGUUUCUAGGGGUUAGGGUUGAGGAUGGGUGAAGUGGGGACUGUGCCCUAGGGCCUCUGGGGCCUCCUCGGGGUGGGGUGGGGCCGUACACUCACCAGAGUCCACACCAGCUGCUGCACCCCUUGAGCAUCUACCCAGCGCUGCCAUGUCGCUGCCAGGCGUCUGGCCUGCUGGGAACUCUGGAGCCUGUGAAGCAGUGCCCCGAGGUGCCAGCGAUGUAGGUAUUUCCUCCUGACAGCCAAGAGCAUCAUGACCCUUCAUGGCAGGAGGAAGGGCAGAGCCACGGGCCUGGGCCUGCUCCUCCAGGAUCCUGCAUGAAUGAGCACUGGCCAGAGGGGGCCCGGCUCUAGCUAUGGCUCUGGCAAGCCCCUCGGCCCCUGCUCACCCUCAGUUGCUCUUACCCCAGCCUCCUUUUCUGCGCCUCCCUUUGGCCUUUGAGGGCUCCGGUCUCAGAGCUGCAGUGCCCCCUGGGUCCUGUAGGGGGCCGGCUGGGUCUCAUCCACCGGGACAGGCUGGGGGCCAAGGGGGGACGCUCACCAUUGCCUGGAAAGGGAAGUUGAGUCAGAAGAGGUUAAUAACACACUGGUUCUGGAUGGCAGUGUCUCCUUUACUAUAUGCCUAGAUGUUGAGCACAGUGAAGAGGGUGGACAGAAGGUGGGGGGUUAAGCAGGGUGCCCCUCCCCCUCCCGCUGCCGGUCCCCAGGCCUCCCUGGCUCUGGGCUCUGGGCUGCUGCCCAAAGAGAAAGAACAGGGGCGGGGCAGGGGAAACGAGUUGUUUUCUCGAAACAGCUGAAAUAUCCACGAGGAAAUGGGUGUGGAAAACAAUAAAUACUUGUAAUGUAUCUGCUCUGGAGCUGAUUUCCAGGGCCCUGAGGGCUGGGGACCACCUCACCCCUAUACUUCAGACAGUUUGUCCCCAGGGGCAGGGUCUUCUUACUCUGAGUCCAGGACAGUUCCCUCAGCUUCCUCUGUCCACCAAGUCUGUGCUGUUGUGUUGGCUUGGGCAGCACAGGCCCUGUGGCCGGUGUCCAGCAGCUGUGGGUCUGAGGGAACAGCCAGAGAGGAAAAUCUGAACCCAGUGAGCUUGGACCUCCUGGGGCACGGUGACUGGGUGGGAUUGCUUUCCUGCCCUGCCCAUGCGUGGGGCUUCCUGCUCGUGUGUGCACAAACGGGAGGGUUCACAUUGCCUCAUGUUCUCCCACGAGACCUGAGGCUCCUGGAGGAGACUGAGAAAGUGCCCAAGAGCAGUGUGGCCAGUAGGACACACCACUACCUCUUCCUCACCCAUCCUGCCAUGUGGCUGAAAACAUUUAAGCAGAGGGGUGGACCAAUAAUAGCUACCAUUCGGUGAGAGCUCACCUGUGCCAGGUACAGCCCUAGGAGGUAGGUAUUACUCUCCCCACUUAAGCUUUACAAAGCUGAAGUACUUGUCUGAGGCCUCUCAGAAGUGGUCUGACUCCAGAACCUGAGCCCCUUUAUACAGAGAAAGGGCUCUCUAAGGGGACCCUCUGCCACCACCAGAUGGCUUAACACCUGUAUGUGUUGCUAGGGAUUAGGGGGGCCUGGAGGUAAGCACCCUGGGUACCGUUCCCAGCACUUACUGUCUCUAUAAGCCUCAGCUUCUCCAUCAGCAUGUGAGAUACUUAACUUUGCUUACAGAAAUGGGAGUAUAAAAGUACUCCAAAAAAACCCAACAAAACCCUGUAACACACAUCUAGAAAUAAAAUACCCUGAGACCCAGAAUCUGUUGUUGCCAUGGUCCCAAAUAUGUGAAUUCUGCAAAUAACCAAAGCUAGUCUCUCUCAAUUCCAUUUUAAAAAACAAAAGCCACUUCAAUUUUUUCUUAGAAUCUUCCUAAAAUCUAUCAUAUAUUUCCUGGGAUUCUUGGGCUGGCCAGUUAGCUCAGU